AUGUCCGACCAAACCCUUCAACUUACUCCAAGCAUUGAAUCACUACUUCCACAAUUACUCUCUCAAACUAACGUCCAAGGCAUUAAGGCUCAAUUUAAAAAGACUAAGACAAUACUAACUUGGACUAAAGAGGAAGAUGAAAAAUUACUGAAAGCAAUUGACUUAUAUGGACCGAAUAAUUGGGAACUAGUAAGCCAAUUUAUUGAACGAAGAACUAAGAAACAAUGCAAAGAACGUUUUAUGAAUAAGUUUGACCCAAACAUCGUGAAGAAGCCUUGGACCGUUCAAGAAGACAUGACACUCUUGGAAGCUAGAAAAGUCUAUGGAAAUCGAUGGACUGAAAUCAAAAGGUUUUUACCUGGAAGAAGUGCAAAUCACAUUAAAAACCGAUUUUUUAGUCAUUAUGCUGAUGACGUGAAAGGGUCCAAAUUAACAACCUUUAAAUCUGCAUUCAGCCCGGCUCAAACAAAAUGUACUGUUGUGUAUUCAACGUUUUAUUAUUAG